UCAGCCGGCGGUGGGUCGUGGUCGGCGGGGCGCUGGGAAGCCCCGCCGCGCGCCGCCCCCCCCUCCUCCAUGGCGGAGGCCGGCCCUGAGGAGGAGCCCGACGAGGAGCUGCUGGUGCUGGACACGGAGGAAGAGCCGCCGCCGCCGCCGCCGGUGGCCGUCUGUGUGAGGGCGACGCCGGGAGGCGCCGUCAGGGUGAGCCUCGGCGGAGGGGAGGGCGGCGGCGUGGCGCCCGCUUCGGACAGCGAAGACGAAGGCGGGGACGACGAGGAAGAGGAGCCGCUGCUGGGCGCCGCGGCGGAGGCGCCUCCCAGACGGAGCCGCAGGAAGCGCGGGGGGCGGCGCGCGACAGGAAAUGUUGGAAGUACUGCAGAGAUGAAUUUAUUUUUGGAUGAUCCUGAAUUUGCAGAAAUUGUGCAGCGAGCUGAACAAGCCAUAGAAUGCGGAGUCUUUCCGGACAGAAUCUCCCAGGGAUCAAGUGGGAGCUACUUUGUUAAAGAUGCAAAGAAGAAAGCAAUCGGAGUGUUUAAACCAAAAUCCGAAGAGCCUUAUGGUCACCUGAAUCCAAAAUGGACCAAAUACUUCCACAAGAUCUGCUGCCCUUGCUGUUUUGGCAGGGGCUGCCUCGUUCCUAACCAGGGAUACCUCUCUGAAGCCGGUGCCUGUCUUGUGGACAGCAAACUGGGACUGGGAGUGGUCCCUAAAACAAAGGUUGUGUGGAUUGUCAGCGAGACCUUUAACUACAGUGCAAUAGAUCGCGCAAAAUCAAGAGGCAAGAAGUAUGCUUUAGAAAAAGUGCCAAAGGUGGGGAAAAAAUUUCAUCGAAUAGGACUACCUCCAAAGGUCGGCUCCUUCCAGUUGUUUGUCGAAGGCUACAAAGAGGCCGACUUCUGGCUCAGGAAAUUUGAAACUGAACCUUUGCCUGAAAAUACCAGGAAACAGUUUCAGUCGCAGUUUGAAAGAUUGGUUGUGCUUGAUUACGUCAUCAGGAACACAGACAGAGGCAAUGACAAUUGGCUAGUCCGGUAUGAAAAGCAGAGUGAUGGAGCUGACUGCUCAGAUAAGGAUAUCCAGUGGAUUAAUGAAAAGGAACCUGUCAUUAAAAUUGCAGCGAUUGACAAUGGCUUAGCUUUUCCCUUCAAACAUCCUGAUGAGUGGAGAGCCUAUCCGUUCCACUGGGCUUGGCUGCCACAAGCAAAGGUCCCUUUUUCUCAAGAGACGGUGGAUUUGGUUCUUCCUCGUAUCUCUGACAUGAACUUCGUACAGGAUCUUUGCGAAGAUCUUUAUGAGCUGUUCAAGACUGACAAAGGGUUCGACAAGGCUACCUUUGAAAAUCAAAUGUCUGUCAUGAGAGGGCAGAUACUUAAUCUUACUCAGGCACUAAAGGAUGGGAAGAGUCCUCUGCAACUUGUACAGAUGCCUCGUGUGGUUGUGGAGAGAAGCCAAGGUGGGACGCAAGGACGGAUCGUUCAUCUGGGCAAUGCAUUCACUCAGACGUUUCAUAGCCGGAAGCCUUUUUUUUCUUCCUGGUAGGAGCUGGAUAGAAGGCUUCGUUUUAGCAAAAAUCUAUGGUGUCAAGGUUUCACAAUAAUGGAAUUCUGCUGGACACAGAGUGCUGGACUGCCAAAACCUCAAAACCUUUUAGGCUUUGUAUUUUGAAUGUAAUAAGUUUACAGUUUGUUUAAAAUUGUGAAAUUCUGCAUCAGGGAAAAUGAGGAACUUGUCCGAUGCUAUAUUUUUGUAGGCAGAGUUGAUGUUUUCUGUACUUAAGAUUAAAGGGGGGAGACGAAGUUUACAAUGCCAAAGACUACUUUUGAUUAUAAUGUAAGAACCGUUACGUUGGAGAGAAACGUCAGAAAUCGGUCUGUCUUUAUUAAAAAUGGAGCAGAGCCUUUCCAUUACUCGUCUGCGAAAGUCCUGCCCGACAUUCUUCCUUAAUAUCAAAGUUCUCCAUGGGUUCUUAGAGCUCUGUGUAGUCAGACAUCACAGAGUUGUCUCUUCAAUGGGACCAGUAUCGCUACUUGCACAUUUGGAAACAAAGGUCAUGAAGGGUAAUUAAACAAAUUCCACAAAAAUACAGGAGGGGGAUUUAUUUCAUGGUUCUCCAGAACGUUUUUACUGAAUUCUGCUGCUCAGUUCCCAGCCUCACCGUCCUGCUUGUGAGGAAAGGUGGAAGCGAGCCUUUAAUCACGCAUAUGCCCUGCCUAAGAGAACUUGGCGCAUAGAGCAUAUUGUGUUAUUGGAGCUUGCACACUUAGAUAUGUGCCUCGGCUCAACUCCCUCGAGAAGGGAUAGAUUAUUAGUGGGACCUGUGGGCAUACUUGUGUGGGUCAUAGAUGUGAAUAUGAAUUGGAAGCUUGUCCCUCCAUCCUGUUGUCUAUAGAUGGAAUGUGAGGGUGUGUGUGUGUAAGAACCCAUUGUAAGCUCAGUUCCAGGUAUUUUCCUCGCCGUUGAGCCAACCUAAUGUUUAAAGGUACCACUAGGGGAAGAGAAGAUAAAAGCACAAGAAUGCCUUUCUACUUCUUACCGAGUCUUAAAAUACUCCCAAGGUUUUGUUUUUCUUGCUGCAGGCCAAGUUAUUCAGGGUUAGUUUUUUCAUGCUUAAAGAAUGCACUUAAAAAGCUUGUCUCCACUUAGAGCUGUAUGCAUUUGUGUUACUGUACUUCUUGGUCCUGAGAUUUUGUGAGUUGUUUUUAUGACUGAUGUACUGAAUUUUUUUUCUUUAGGACAAGAUUUCUGCUAUGUUUCAUCACAGCCUUUUAUUGCAUUUUUCCCCUUUCCUUUUUUAAUUGCAGUCAAUGUCAGUUCUUCAGCUUAACACCAAAGUUGAAUCGUGUCCACUGGUAGUAUGCUAGAAUCCUUGCCCUGAUGUUAGAUCCCAAUUUCGUAGCCGCCAAAUCUUAUCAGAAUGAGAAAGGUUUGCAGAUUGGCUCAUUUUGUGGGCUCCCAUCCAUUUCUCAUCACAAAAAUCCUCAGCAGUCUGGGGACUCUGUUGCUGAAUAUAACUUUAUUCUGAAAUGUCAGUUGCAGAGCUAAUAAUUUUAGACCCCUUAGUUGUACGUUGUUGUUUUUUUUUAAAUUCAGUGUUAUACUUGAAUGUCAGGACCUCAAGUAAUGCCUGUAGCAAAGAUUGCUUUUUUAUGAAAGUUCUCUGUUAAGUGUUUCUGGCAAUGCUGUAUUUUAGGCUGCUGAGCAAUACUUCUGAACUAUUUGAAGUGGUCACUUUUUGGAUUCAUACGAUUUGGGAGUUGGUAAACCAAUUAAUGUAGUAUGUUGGGAUGAUAUACUUGAUAUACUAAAAUGUCUAAGCCUUAAAUUAAAAUAUAAAAUUCAUUGUACUGUGGCUUGAGAAAACAAAGUUGUCAACUUUAUACAUUUACUGUGGUUUCUGUUUUUAUCAAUACUCUUAAAUUUUUUGAAGGAGGUAUUAUCAGACUCUGCUCACAUAAGACAAUAAACGU